UGUCUACGUCUACGUGUGUUCCUUCUAGCUCUGAUUCAGAAACUCGAUUUAUUCGUCGUCUUUGCAAGCUCGGAUACGCCAUCUUUGACGUCCCCAGUUUCUACGUUGAGCUUCUUCGAUCUCUCUCUCUCGCACGAUCUCUUAGGAAUUCGAAUUCGGAGCCGGCCUUGGGUACGUGGGAGCAUGAUCCUUUUGGAAAUCUGUGUUCAUUUGGUUUUUAGAGUCUAGGGUUUGUGGGAAAAUGGAUUUUCCGGGAAAUUCGCUCUCGGAUUCUGGGAAACUGGAGCAGAUUGUUUCUCACUUCUUCCCAAAGGCAUUGCACAUAGUCCUCGAGUCUAGAAUUCCUUCGUUGCAAGUCCGUGGUCGCUCUCGCGAUCGUUUUUCGGCUGCAAAUGUCAAAAAGAGUGACAAAUGGUUCAAUCUGGUGAUGGGAGACCGUCCUGCUGCACUAGAGAAACUGCAUUCUUGGCAUAGGAAUAUCAUGGAUUCUAUGAUCAUUGAUAUAAUUCUCGUUCAUCCGGCUUCCUCCAAUAAUCUGGACAAUAAUGAAAAUUACACGGCUUCAUCAUCAUCAUCAUCAUCUUCCGAGACAGUCAUCGAGAGAUGGGUUGUUCAGUAUGAGAAUCCAUUGAUCAUGUCACCUCAGAGUGCUGAACCUUCUUUGCCUUACCAGAAGGUUUACAAGAAGUCCAUCCUUCUGCUGCGCUCUCUUUACUCACAAACACGGCUUCUCCCUGCUUACCGUGUCUCCCGACAGCUCAGUUCUUCCAUGGCCGCUUCUGGGUUUGACCUUGUUUACAAAGUUUCGUCUUUCAGUGAUAUGUUCUCUGGUUCAGAAACAGAGACAAUGAAGGAGUACCGUUUUGCACCUGUCGAAGUGCCUCCUGGUCACCUUUGUGUCUCAGUGACUUACCGAUCUAACCUUUCUGAUUUCAAUCUUGGUGCUUACAUCACAUUGCCUCCGAGGAUCAUCACAGAUUAUGUGGGGAGUCCUACCACAGACCCCAUGAGAUAUUUCCCUUCUGUAGGGAAGGGAAUUCAUGCCACGUCCUUUCCGAUAAGGGCUGGACUGCCUCCAUUGUCUGGUUCAUCUGAGCGUCCACAUAGCUGGACCAGUGGCUUUCACAGACCGGUGGCUCAGUUCACUCCAAGCCAAUCUCUAGCUGGAGCUUCACACGCUUAUUCUCAUCAUUUGCCAUCAGGAUUUAAUGAUUUCCACUCUCCACGUAGUGACGUCUUUCAUGAAAAUUACCAGGUUUCGCCUCCAUUUUCGCUGUCUGCUUCUCCCUCUACACCCACAUACCUUUCAAGUAGUAACCUGCGGCCAGGAACCGCACCCGUGACCAUUCCCUCCACAGCCACAUUCAACAGACACGUUACAUCUAACUUUCCUGACCCAAGUAAGAAUUCUCUGCCACCUUUCUCCCCCAAAAGCACGAGACGCUCUCCCUCGUCACAGGACUCUCUUCCGGGAAUUGCAUUGUACAGGAGUUCGAGAAGUGGAGAGUCUCCCUCUGGAUUAAUGAAUCACUAUUCAACCCAUAAGGUGACAAGAGACAGCAAAUGUGAUUCGGGCCGCUUCUCAGGAGUGUUGUCUUCGAGUGGCUCACCAAGAUUUGGGUUUUCUAGGAGCCCCAGUAGAUUAUCUUCCCAAGAAGAUUUGGAUGACCCUGAUUGCUCAUGUCCUUUUGAUUUUGAUGACGUUGAUGAACCAGGAUCUCAAGCCAGCCACCAUAGCCUUGAUCGAAAAAAACCCCAGAGUAUGACAUCGCAGUCGCUGCCGAUAUCAAGGAAGUCGCAGGACGCAGCGGUGGGAGUUCUGGUCCACAUGCUGAAGACAGCACCGCCAUUGAGACAAGACACGAGCUCUUACAUGUCAAUGUCCGGUCAGAGAGAAGGGUAUGGUGCGGAUUCUGAAAUCUCCAUGGCUCGAAGCACAGCUGAUGCAUUGGAAGAGCUCAGAAGUUACAAGCAACUUAAGGACUUGCUCCUCUCCAACUCCUCCAAGACUGGAGGAACUAGUACUGUCCACUGAUAUCAUUAUCAUAUUUGGCGUCAGAUGAAGAAAGAUGUGGUUAUUGAAUUUUUUGUAAAUACGAAACGGAUUACGCAUACAUAUGAUCAACCAAACUUUGGAUAUUUGAACUGAUUUGUAUAAUUUGGUUUGCUGAUGGAUUUAUCUUUGAAUCGGAAUGUACAGGCUCGUUUCCUA